UAGUGGCUAUACGCCUAGAUCCUUUUUCAGAACGGACUCAACUGUGAACCCAAUGGAAUCUUCAUUUGAUUAUUUUUUGCUUUGUGAAUGUUUUUAAUCCUUUUAAUGGAUAUAUUCUUUUGUUAUUAAAAAUGUGAUGGAACAUUUGAACCACACCUGGGAAUGGAAACUAUUUUUCCAUCCGGAAAACCGGAUCGUUGAAUGUUUUUUUUUUUCUUCAUCGUAUACACUCCUGUUUGGCUGUAUAUCGUUCAUUGAGAAAUUCAGAAAAAUGAAUCACAGUGGAUCUUACUUUGGUCUGUUUUUAUUGCUUUUGAAUGGUGUGUUUGGCGCUGGUACAGAUGAAGUGAAGUCGGUGUCAGUGACUGAGGGAGAUUCUGUCUCUCUAAACACUGAUGUUCAAGUACAGAGUAAAGAUCAGAUACUGUGGAUGUUUGGACCUCGAGAGACUCGUAUCGCUGAAAUAUAUAAGAAGAACAUUGAUAUGUUUGACAGUGAUGUGACAUUUGGAGACAGACUCCAGAUGGACAGUCAAACUGGAUCUCUGACCAUCAGAAACAUCAGAUCUGAACACACUGGACUUUAUAAAGUAAACGUCAUCAGAAGCGAAGAAACUUCAUACAAGAAGUUCAACGUUACUGUCUAUGCUCCUCUUCCCAUUCCCAACAUCACUAGAGACUUUUCUUCUUCAUCAUCAUCAAGCCAGAAUUGUUCACUGGUGUGUUCAUCAGUGUUAAAUGUGAGUGAUGUGACUCUCUCCUGGUAUAAAGGAAUCAGUGUAUUGUCCAACAUCAGCGUGUCUGAUCUCAGCAUCAGUCUCUCUCUACCUCUGGAGAUUCAGUGUCUGGAUGAUUCCUACAGCUGUGUGAUCAACAAUCCUGUCAGAAACCAGACCACACAUCUGGGCAUCAUGAAACUCUGUCAACCAUGUGAAGAAAAUGGAAAAGGAAAUGGAAUUGGAAAUGCAGUCCUUGCUGCAUGUAGUUUUGCUGCACUUCUUGCACUUGCUGGUUUGAUGUACUUUCUCUACAGGAAACACAACAGAACGGCACAAAAAGGAAAUUGUUUUGAACCAUGUGCUCAUACAGGAGAGACAGCUCAGCCAGGAGAAGACGAAGUACAAUAUGCUGAAACAGGAGUGUUUAUACAAAAUGGACAAAAAAGGAAAGCUAAUGAGACAGAGGAAACAGAAACAAUAUACUCCAGAAUCGUCACAUGAGACACUGGCGUAUUUCAACAGAAUACUUUCGUCUGGAUUUGUCAGCUUUCAAACAGUGGAUUGAGAAGAAGAAUUCAGAAUGACUUCAAUAUAGUCGUUUUUUAGUAGUCUUUGGUGAAAAAAAAAAAAACACUCAGUCUGACCCAGAAGUGAAAGAUGGAAGAGCUCAACUGAGUGAAUUUGACUGAUGUUAUGAUUAGCAUAUGCAAAUAUCGAACACAGACAUAUUUGCAUGCACAGCACAAGUCACAGUGAGUACAAAAAACAAGAUGAAGCUCACUUUAAACCCAUUGACUAAACUUGUGAGAGUAUAAUGAUGCAUGUUGAAAAGUUAUGCAUGCACUUGCUUUAGACUUCUUAAUGCCCUCCUCUUCUCCUAUUCUUGCUAAGCACAGUCAACCUCCAAAUCUCCUCAGGGUUGUUCUUCCUUGUUUGUACAGUAAGCCACUAGACCCCACCCCAACCCUUGCUGUAUUUCCAGUACUUGUUUUCCUGUCUGUCCUGUAUCAUAGCUCAGCAAGUCAUUACAUGUCCCAUCAUACCAGAUCACUUCAAACGCAGACUGAAAUUUGACAUGCCUCUUUAUAUUUGCAGUAUUUUAAAGCCAUGGGGAUAUGUUGCACUUUCUUUAAUAAACAGUUUUAUUGUACCAGUA